GCAACGGCGUUCGAGAACGCUCCGGUCUGGUGCUCAGGCUUGGUCACGGAUGCGGCCCCGACAGAGUGCUUGGACGGUUCGUGGAGGGUACAAGCACGGUAGUAGUGCCACCGCCAGCAACAGUGGCAGCAACAGCAGCAAUAGUGUGGGGCAAGAUGGGUUUCCUCCACGCGGCGAAACCACAGCAGUAGACAGCAACAUCGACAAGUUGGCAGCGGAUCUUCGAGCGACGAGGGAUCACAUCGCCGCUGAUAUCCAUGCUCGUGGAGAGGCUAUUGCAGCAGAUCUCAAGGGCAAGCAGGAGAAGAUUGUGGAUGAAGUGCUCAGGGAACGCUCACCCGAGGCCUUUGGCGAGCUCGGAGGGCAUGCCUCGUCUUACGAUUCAGCGACAGCGGGCAUGGACGUGGCGAAUCGGCGAUCGUUUUUCUUGGGCAUCCGGCGCGUGCUACUCCUGGUCCAGGUGGUGGAGCUCCUAGCGGCAUGUAUGUGGCAAGCCGCGUUCCCCUUCGGAGGACUCGCGGGAUUCAUCACAGCAGCGUCAACGAUGAACGGGGAGGGUGGCACACCAAACACUGCUGUAUUGGAUACAUUGAGGGAUAUCGUUGCGGGCGAAGCGGGAGAUGGCAGAGGGCCGUUGGGUCUGGCCUUGGCGGCAUGUUUGGCGCAGUUUUCUGUGUACACGAUGCUGCUAGUGUGGUUCGGGUGCGAUAGGGUUGUGCUGAGGGGUGUGAGGGUCACUGCGUGGGAGCACGGGGCUGCGGCGGUAUGGGCUCUUACAAGGCUCUUGACCGGGCCUGGAGGAAAGCUGACCCACCUGGUCGCGUGUGCGUGGCUGGCGGGAAUGGCCUUCUUGUGCGCAUACUUCGGACGGCAGCUGUGAACAACACGCACUCACGUUUUAUGUAGAUGGAGAGGUUUGGAUGUGCCUUAAUGAUUAAGAACACCAAUGUAGUCGCGCACGAUUUGUGGGAAGAAUGCCCGUGGCUACCUUGUCUCGAGUUGUUUCCGUUGCAGGGUAUAAACAGUCAGUCACGCGGUGAAGGCGACCGCAGUGUGAAACAACGCUAGGUUGGGGUGAUUUUGCAGACUUUUCGCUCCAAGAAAAGAGCUGCUGAAUCAUCUCAACAAGCGAAUGCCGAAAAUAAGCUCUUUUGUG